CUGCCUUAUUCGUUGAAAGAAACACAAACGUCGAACCCAUUUGAUUCCCUCACUUUUGCAGGAAAAAUUCAGUUCUUUGAAGGCCAUGGAUGGACAGACAAAGCUUCAGAUGCUAUCAUUCCACGCUCCCAAGAUUAGGCUCCUCGGUGGUUUGACCAUCGAAGGGAGUGAAGGAAUGCAGGUUUUGGAUUUUUCUGUAUUGCCAGAGCCAGAAUUUGUCGUGCCUAUCUGUGCCAACUUUUUCACCGCUGCUAGCAUGAACAUAGUAGUCUUGGACCUUAAUCCUUUGUAUGAUGCCAUUAACCAUGGCGACUACAAGCAGAAGUAUUAUGAAAGGCUGCGUCUUGCAGCCAAGUACAUUGAGGCCUGGCUUGGACUGAUGGACCAAGCAGCAGAGGAGACAGAUGACUCUCGGAUUCUUUGUAAUCAUAAAGCACAGCAUAAAUAUCUGAAUGGAGAGCUGAGAAGGUGUUUCAUUUUUUCCUUGUAAUCAACUACCCAUCUUCAUUCCAUUGCACUCAGCUAAGAUUUUGAAAUCCUGAAAUUUCUUGCAUAAUGUUAACAAAUCCUCAGUGGUCUUGGUUCUAAUGGCCUUACCUAAAACAGUAGAAAAGAAACCAUACCUGUAAGCAAGUCCAAAUUCCUGU